AUGUCGAAAAAUGUGGUGAUUUUUGGCAGCAUUGUUCAGGAUUUGAUCAGGUAAGUGGUGGAAAUUUUUGGCUGGAAAUUUUUUUUUCAUAAAUUGCCUUUUUUUCAGCUACACGGAGAGAUUUCCGCGUCCGGGAGAAUCGGUGCGCGGUUCCGCGUUCCACGCAGGAGCCGGCGGAAAAGGCGCGAAUCAAGCGGUGGCUGCGGCAAGACUAGGUGCAAAUGUAACAAUGAUUGGAAUGGUUGGCAAGGAUAUGUUCGGUGAUUCGAAUAUUGAGAGUUUGAGGCAAAAUGGAGUGGAUACGAGUGGAGUUGGAAGAAGUCAGGAGAAACAUACGGCAACUGCCACGAUUACUGUGAAUCAAGAAGGUGAGGAUGUCUCUAGAAUUCCUCUACGUCUCUAACUUAUAAGUUCAUUAGUCAUAACUCUGUUUCUCUGCGUUUUUAUCCUCAUCUCUAGUUUCUCUAGCCUUUCCUCUAACUCCUCUGCAUCUCUAACUUCUAAUCUUUUCUAGCUGUCUGACUAUAACUUCAGAAAGAUUUGAGAAAUUUUUCAGGUCAUACUCUGUUUGCCUAAUCUCUCUCCGUUCAGGUUCUCUUACUCUAUGUACCUAGAAUUCCUCUGCGUCUCUAACCUCCUAUAUAUAGUUAGAGAUGCAGAGGAUUUGGAGAAGAAGCUAGAGUUAGAGAAGCUAGACGGAGAUAGAUUAGGCAAACAGAGUUAUGACGUGAAAAAUUCCUUAACUCUUUCUGAAGUUAUAGUCAGACAGCUAGAGAAACUAGAGAGGUUAGAGAUGCAGAGGAGUUGGAGGAAAGGCUAGUGAAACUAGAGAUGAGGUUAAAGACGGCGUGAGCGCUCGGUUUACAAAUUUACCACGUCAUAAUUUCGUAUCUCUAAUUUCUCUGCGUCUCUAACCUCCGACCUUCUCUAGCUGUCUGAUUCUAACUUCCUAUUUUCCAGCCGAAAACUCGAUCGUAGUCACCUUGGGCGCUAAUCUCGACCUGCUCCCAGAAUUCGCUGAUAAAUCGCACAGUCUUCUAGCCAACUCACACCUCGUCCUAUGUCAAGGCGAGAUUCCGGAAGCGGCAAAUCGCCGCGCGUUCGAAAUCGCACGCGGAAAUGGUGCCAAAACAUUCCUGAACCCGGCCCCUGGCGAUGCAAAAAUGGAUAAAUCGAUAUUGAGUCUGACUGAUAUUGUAUGCACCAAUGAAAAUGAGGCGGAAUUUAUCACCGGAAUUCCGCAGACAACUUUGGAGGACGCGGAAAAUGCCGCGCGGAAGAUGCUUGAAAUGGGACCACAAAUUGCAAUUAUAACCCUUGGAGCUAAAGGAGUUCUUCUAGCUCAAACCCUGAACUCCAAGCCUGAUCUGAAAUUAAUUCCAGUUCAAAAAGUUGAAGCUAUUGAUACAACUGGAGCUGGUGAUUGUUUUUGCGGCUCACUGGCUGCAUUGCUCAGUUUAGAUGGAAAUUUGGAGAAUGUUGAGAGAGCUACACGGUGUGCUGCAAAAUUGGCUGCACUUUCGGUAACUCGCAGAGGAACUCAGGCAUCUUAUUGGAAGAAGGGCGAGAUUUUGGAGAAGUUUCCAGGGUUUUUUGAGGAAUAA